GGUUGUGGCAGGCAGUUGAGGGAGCAGAGAGCUGCGAGGACAGUGAGACUCAGGACGUGGUGGAGCAUGGCUGUGACACUGCAGUUCCUGGCGUGCUUCAUGGGAGCCACUUGUCUCCUCCAUGGGGUGACUACAACCCAGCAUCAUGCAGGGCAGCUGAUGGACAGCACCAACGUGGGAGGUGGCCUACAGGAGCCAGAGGCCCCAGAAGUGAUGUUUGAGCUGCUCUGGGCUGGGCUGGAGCUGGAUGUCAUGGGGCAGCUGUACAUCCAGGAUGAGGAACUAGCAUCCACACAUCCAGGCCGCCGACUCAGACUUCUCCUGCAGCACCACGUGCCUAGUGACUUGGAGGGUGUUGAGCAGCGGCUACAGCAGUUCCAGGACCUGCGGAAGGGGCCUCCUCUUAGCCAUUGGGACUUUGAACACCUGCUCCUCACAGGCCUGUCCUGUGUCUACCGGCUUCAUGCAGUUAAUGAGGCUGAGGAGAGGGGUCGUUGGGCCCAGGUCUUCGCCCUCCUAGCACAGGAAACACUCUGGGACCUAUGCAAGGGUUUCUGUCCCCAGGAUCAGCCCCCAUUGCUAGGGCCCUGGGCCUCCAUCUUUGACCCCUUACCCUGACCCUCCCCUUUCAUUGCCAUUCCCUCCUCCCAUUUCCCCAUCCCUCUCACCUAGACCCCUCCUGGGCAGGGGUCCAUCUGGCACCUGGUUCUUCCCACUGUUUAGAUUUCUGGUCUUGGCCGCACCCUGGACACCACCACCCCCAACUUGUUCCCUGGACCUUGAUAUGCUAAUAGCCCAGGCUCUGGGUCCCGGGGAGCAGGUAGAGAGCUAAGGACCAGACUUGCAGGCUGUGUGUAUGUGUGAGGGUAUCAGGAGUCAGGGGUAAGGCUUGAAAAAUGUGUUUAAGAGAUGCUGAAAGGGAAGCUGCCCCCAAGUAAGUCCAGGUCAGACCCUCUGACUCCUACCCUGGAAGUCUGUGAUGGAUUCUGUGCAAAUUUACAGGCACCCUGCAAGUGCUCAGCACUCAGUCCUAAUUUAGACACCCCCUUUAAGCGCAACCAAGGCUCUGGGGACUCUGAGCCCCCAAGUUCCCCAUCUGGGCUGGGAGAACAGAUUGGACUUACUGAGUUCUGUCUCUUGGAGGAGUAAAAGGAAGCAGGUGGCAAAGCAUUAUCUCUUUGAGGGGAGGGAGGAGAAAAUGUCUUGGUCCAUUUCAACAAGCCUCAGAUAAACAUCUGGGGAGAUGGAGUGAGGCUGGGAGAAGAACAAUGAG